GGAGGUGGACUAUUGCUGGAACAUGGAGAUCAUGUGGCUAAAUCAAUGGAAGAUUGAUGGUGGCAAUAUCUACUUUGAUGUUGUUGAAGCCAAUGUAGAGACCAGAAGCCAAAAAUAUACUACGUAUGCUCCCCUCCCCCGACUUUUACCAUCUGGUCUCAAGGACUCAGGUGGUGCUACAGAGGAAAUACCUGUCCAUCUGUCCAAAUUGGGGAGGAACAGAGACCUAACUCUAUAAUCUUUUCUUUAUAAAUGAUUCCUAUUUGGCAUAUUUUAGAAAGUCUUCCAUAUCCCAAGGUUUUAAGCAAGAGACAAGCUACCAGAGAGGGCUUGCCUCUCCCAAACUACCUGUCCCAUGGGGUGAACGUGCUGCAGCAAACAACUGGUGUUUGUAGGCGGGGUCUACUAGUCCCUUGUCUAAUUGCUGUGAUAAAACACACAGCAAGAGCAACUUGGGGAAAGGGUGGUUCACUUUGGCUCACAGUUCCAGAGGAUAAAGAGCAUCGUGACAGGGAACAUGGGCAGCACUGCCUGGGGAAACUGGUCACAUUGCAUCCAAGUCAAGAAAGAGAUAAACACUGGUGCUCCUUUUUCUUCAGCCCAAGUCACCGAGUGGGAUGGUACCACCACAGUUAGGGUGGACCUUUCCACCUCAUUAGCCUAAUCAAAAAAAUCCCUCACAGCCAUGUCCAGAACUUUGUUUCCAUGGUGAUUCUAGCUCUGGACACAUUGACACUAUUAACUAUCACCUAGGUUUCUUUCAUAGAUUUCACAGAUUUUACUAAGAUAAUAGCCAGUCAAAUUGAUGGAGAUGUGCUGCAUCCUUGCAACGGGCCUCAAAGGAAAGAAGGCGUGACAGACACACAUCCACAGAAUCUGGGAUGACAUGGUCUGGGCUCUCUCAUGGAAAAGGCUGCAGAACCCUGGGAACCCAGCCUGUUUAAUACAUACAGUUGGACACAGAGAGGGGUUACAGUUCAACAUAUAGCUGAAUUAAGAUGGCAGGGUUUAUAGUAUACAGCUGAACAAGGAGACAGGCUUAGCUCAUCACUAGGAGCAGUCUCUGUGGGGGACCAGUCUUCAGGCGGUAAACAUCCAGGAGGACAAAGCUAGAGAGGACAUUUCUGCACACCCCGUUAACGUUAGAACGUCAGACAGGAGGGGUGGCUUUUCCAGUCCCAUGGCUCUAAGGCACUGGGCUCCUUGAUACGGCUAUGCCCAUAUCAAACAAAAUACACAUUCACCAGGGCUCCAGUCACUAUGGAGAUAGAAAAAGAUAACACUCAAGUCUGGCAAGAAUGUGGAGAGACAGGCACCACUCUACAUAUAUCAUUCAGAGUACAAACCAUGCCAAGUACAAACAACCCAGAGCCACUGGGUACUUGGUAUGUAACGUAAGUCUGAAAAUUCUUUAGGCUCAUACACCCAGUAGUUCCAUUUCUAUUUAGCUCUAGUUGAGGUUCAGAAGUGUGGAUAGAGAUCUAAGUACGAAGGAGCUUAAUCUAACUUUUUUUUUUCUGUGAGCAAAAAAGUUAAACUACCAUUCGGCAGUAUGAUAUAGUCCCAUUUGGACCAUUAAGCAAAACAAAACCCAAAACAAACAAGAAAAAAAACCAACUUCCAGGUAAAUUACCACAGCCAAAGCCCACAGGGAACCGGCCUACCGGAGCUGCCGCGGGCACGCAUGCGCGGGCAUGGGCGCGGGGUGGGGCUUGCGCGGCUCUCCCUGCGCCGCAGCCACGCCCACCUCAGUUAGGUAACACGUGACCCAGUGAGUCGGGCUCUGCCUAGUGAGCAGCCCAGCCCAGCAGCCCAGCUCGGGGCCCAGCCCGGGGCCGAGCCCGGGGCAGUGCAGACUUGGUGACCUCAGAACCCGGAGGUGCGUGACCUCGACCCCGGAGCCGCGCAGGGGAGGAGCCGCCCGGAGGCGGGACUCUCAGUCCGGGUGCGAGGGAAGGUGACAUGUGACUUUGACUGGUUUAAAAACUCACAGGCUGUUUACUUUGUGUGAGGAACAUGGUGAGGCUGAUUCACACGCUGGCUGAUCACGGUGAUGACGUCAGCUGCUGCGCCUUCUCGGCUGCCCUCCUGGCCACCUGCUCCUUGGACAAGACCAUCCGCCUGUACUCCCUAAGUGACUUUGCUGAACUGCCGUACUCCCCGCUGAAGUUCCACACCUAUGCUGUCCACUGCUGCUGUUUCUCACCCUCAGGACACGUUUUAGCAUCGUGCUCGACAGACGGGACCACGGUGCUGUGGAGCUCGCACAGCGGACACACCCUGACCGUGUUGGAGCAGCCGGGUGGCAGCCCUGUGCGCGUCUGUUGCUUUUCCCCAGACUCUGCCUACCUAGCGUCAGGGGCUGCCGAUGGAUCCAUUGCUUUGUGGAAUGCACAGACAUACAAACUAUAUAGGUGUGGUAGUGUCAAGGAUAGCUCAUUGGUGGCCUGUGCGUUUUCUCCCGAUGGAGGCCUCUUUGUCACUGGCUCCUCGGGCGGGGACUUGACAGUGUGGGAUGACAGAAUGAGGUGUCUACACAGCGAGAAGGCGCACGAUCUCGGGAUCACCUGCUGCAGCUUUUCCUCACAGCCUCUCUCUGGCGGAGAAGGCCUCCAGUCUUACCAGUUGGCGUCAUGUGGUCAAGACUGUGAAAUCAAACUCUGGGCUGUUACUAUUACCCGUGUCUUAGGCUUUGAAUUAAAAUAUAAAAGCACACUAAGUGGGCACUGCGCCCCUGUUCUGGCCUGUGCUUUUUCACAUGAUGGAAAGAUGCUUGCAUCGGGGUCAGUGGAUAAAUCUGUCAUCAUACAUGGUAUCGGCCCUCAGAGUGUGCUACACACGCUGACUCAGCAUACCAGGUAUGUUACGACUUGUGCGUUUGCACCCAACACUCUCUUACUUGCUACUGGUUCAAUGGACAAGACAGUGAACAUUUGGCAGUUUGACCUGGAAACACCUUGCCAAGCAGGAAGCAUGAACGACCCGCUGAAACAUUUCACUGAAGAAUGGUCAGAGGAGGAUGUCUCCGUGUGGCUUCGUGCUCAAGGCUUGGAAGACCUCGUCGGUAUUUUCAGGGCAAACAACAUCGAUGGGAAAGAACUAUUGCAUCUCACAAAGGAAAGUCUGGCUGGUGAUUUGAAAAUCGAAUCUCUAGGGCUGCGCAGCAAAGUCCUGAGGAGUAUUGAAGAGCUCAGGGCCAAGAUGGAUUCCCUCUCUUCCGGAAUCCCUGACGAGUUCAUCUGCCCAAUAACCAGAGAACUCAUGAAGGACCCCGUCAUCGCAUCAGAUGGCUACUCCUACGAGAGAGAAGCAAUGGAAAGCUGGAUCCACAAGAAGAAGCGUACGAGCCCCAUGACAAAUUUGGCUCUCCCUUCACUGGUACUGACCCCAAACAGGACACUGAAGAUGGCCAUCAACCGAUGGCUGGAGACGCACGAGAAGUGAACGCGUUCACAGGCAUCGGAUCCACUUUCAGUGAUGCCCUGCAAAUGAUUCAAAAUGCUAAGCAGCCAUCACGAAAGCAAAAUAAAAGGAAAAGACAAAUGUUCAAUUCAGUUACUUUUAAAAACUGUAAAUUAUGAGCAGGGCAGUGGUGGUGCCCACCUUUAAUCCCAGCACUCAGGAGGCAGAGACAGGUGGAUCUCCAGGAUCAGGAGUUCCAGGACAGCCCAGUUUAUAGGGCAAGUCUCAGGACGGCCAAGGCUACACAGAGAAACCCUGUCUCAAAAAACCCAAAACCAAAAAAAAAAAAAAAAAAAGUCAAUUAUCUUUAAAACACAGAUUUAUAUAUCUAUUGUCAUUGCUAUUUCUGUAAAGGUGAAAAUAUUUUUUUUUUUGCAAUAAUGAGAAACUAUGUAGAAAUAAAACUUCACUAUGACUUUAAA